AUGGGGGAGCAGCGGGCGCUCGCGGCCGCCAAGGAUGGGGACCUGGCCACCCUGGAGCGGCUGCUGGAGGCGGGUGCCCUGGGCCCGGGCGUCACCGACGCCCUGGGGGCCGGCCUGGUGCACCACGCCACCCGGGCCGGCCACCUGGCCUGCGUCAAGUUCCUGGUGCAGCGGGCCCAGCUGCCCAGCAACCAGCGGGCCCAUAAUGGGGCCACGCCGGUGCAUGACGCCGCCGCCACCGGCAGCCUGGCCGAGCUGUGCUGGCUGGUGCGCGAAGGGGGCUGCGGUCUGCAGGACCGAGACUCCUCGGGCGUCUCCCCGCUGCACCUGGCCGCCCGCUUCGGACACCCGGUGCUGGUGGAGUGGCUGCUGCGAGAAGGCCACGCGGCCACGCUGGAGACGCUGGAGGGGGCCUUGCCGCUGCACCACGCCGCCGUCAGCGGGGACCUGACCUGCCUGAAGCUCCUGACGGCCGCCCACGGCAGCGGCGUGAACCGGCGGACGCGCAGCGGCGCCUCCCCGCUCUACCUGGCCUGCCAGGAGGGCCACCUGCACCUGGCCCAGUUCCUGGUGAAGGACUGCGGCGCCGACGUGCACCUGCGCGCCCUCGACGGCAUGAGCGCCCUGCACGCCGCCGCUGCCCGCGGCCACUACUCGCUCGUCGUCUGGCUGGUCACCUUCACGGACAUCGGCCUGACGACACGGGAUAACGAGGGGGCCACCGUCCUCCACUUUGCCGCUCGAGGCGGCCACACGCCCAUUCUAGACCGGCUCUUGCUGAUGGGCGCCCCCAUCAUGAGAGACUCCUGGGGUGGGACCCCUCUCCAUGACGCAGCGGAGAACGGGCAGAUGGAGUGCUGCCAGACGCUGCUCUCCCACCGCGUGGACCCCGCCCUGCGGGACGAGGACGGCUACACGGCCGCAGACCUGGCGGAGUACCACGGCCACCGCGACUGCGCCCAGUACCUCCGCGACAGCGCCCGGCCGGUGCCCCUCCUGAUGGCGCCCCCGCCGCCGCCGCCGUUCCCCCCUCCUCCGCUGUCGGCUGCAAGGCACUCCCUGGUGGAUGGAAGAAGAGGGGCCCCAGGUCUCGGGGAUCCCACCGCGUCUCUCAGCCCAUCCUGGCCCGGCCAGCCUGACCAGCCUCUUCCGAGGGAGCAUACGACCCGCACAGCACCCCUGAGGGUCACCACCAGUGCCACAGCCGUCCCAAUGGGGACGGAGACGGCAGCGGGGGGCGCCCCGGACAGCCUGGUCGCGCUGCAGCUGGACGGGCUGCCCUCGGGCGACCUCGACGGGCUGGUGCCCACGCGGGAUGAGCGCGGCCGGCCCAUCCCCGAGUGGAAGCGGCAGGUGAUGGUGCGGAAGCUGCAGGCUCGCCUGGGCGCAGCUCCAGCGCCAGAGACCCAGGACGACGGCGGGAGCGCGGGCGCCACGGAGCAGGCGGCCUGGCGGUACUCGCAGACCCACCAGGCCAUCCUGGGCCCCUUCGGGGAGCUGCUGACGGAGGACGACCUGGUGUACCUGGAGAAGCAGAUCGCAGGCCUGCAGCUGCGGCGCCGCUGCCAGGAGUACGAGAGCGAGCUGGGCCGGCUGGCGGCCGAGCUGCAGGCCCUGCUGCCUGCUCCCCUGGUCAGCAUCACCGUCAACAGCCACCUCCUGCCCCCCGCGCCCGGGCUGGAGGGCGAGGGGGCCCCCAGCCCCGAGGUCGAGCCCGAGGGCCCCGCGGGGGCUUCGCAGGCCACGCCCGGCGCGCAGCCCCUGCCCUUCUGGUGCAGCCACGUCGCCCGGCUGGUGCGCAGCUUGUCCCUGCUGCUGAAGGGCGUGAACGGGCUGGUGCAGGGCGAGGAGAGGCCCCCGCUGGAGGCCCGCGGGGAGGCGCCAGCCAGCCCUCCGCGGAGCGAGGCCCAGCGCGAGAUCCAGGAGUGUGGGGUGUCGGUGCGGACGCUUCGGGGCAACUUCGAGUCAGCCCCCGGCCGGCCCUGCACCCCGAGCCCUGGCCCCUGUGAGCUGGGGCCCCAGCCGGGGCCGUGCCUGAGAGGCUGCUGGCCCUCCCCCUUGCAGCCCCGCGGCGGCCCGAUCGGAGGGGAGCCGGGGCCGGGCGACGCGGAGGAGGCCAGCGACUCGGGCAUCAGCUGCGAGGAGGCCCCGUCGGAGGCGGCGGCCGUGCCUGGCCCUGACCUGGCCGCCAGCCUGCGCAAGGAGCGCAUCGUUACGCUCUUCCUUGGCCACUGGAAGAAGUCGGCCUACACGCCGGCCCUGAAGACGGCGGCCUGCAGGACCCUGGAGGCCCGGCGCGUGGAGCCGCGGGGGCGGGAGGCGGCCGGGGGCCCUCGGCGGCCCUCCCCGCCGCCCAGCGAGAGCCCGCGGCUGGGCCACCUGUGGCAGCAGCGCAGCAUCAUCGCCCACCUGCUGGGCAACUGGAAGUCCAUCCUGGCGCACGUGCCCGCCCGGCAGCUGCGGCGGCUGAGCCGGCGGCCCCGCGGCCCCCUGUCCCCCGAGCAGUUCCUGCCCCACGUGGACGGGGCGCCGGUGCCCUACGGCAGCCUCACGCUGGACCUCUUCAUGCUGGGCUACUUCCAGCUCCUGGAGUGCGACCUGCCGGCUGAGGAGCGCAAGAUGCGCCACCUGCUCUGCUUCGAGGUCUUCGAGCACCUGGGCGCCCACGGCUGGGAGGCCGCGCGCGCCUUCCACAAGGCCGUGACAGACGAGGUGGCUGCCGGCCGCCGUGCCUGGACCGACGGCUUCGAGGACAUCAAAGCCCGCUUUUUCGGCUCCAGCCGCAGUCCCCCCUGGGGCGCGGAGCCCGGCCGCAAGCCGGGCCUGACCCCGCUCCGGCCCCCGCCCCGUGCCGGCCCCAGCGGCGGCCCCGGGCCCGCGGCACCGAGGCUGGGGUCCGGCCCCCAGCGGGGCAGCUUCAACAGCGAGGACAUCUGUGGCUACAUCGACCGGAGCUUCGCCUUCUGGAAGGAGAAAGAAGCCGAGAUGUUCAGCUUCGGGGAGUGAGAUGGGCUGGCAGCCCGCCUUCCUCCCAGCGGGGUUUCCGGUGUGGUUUUGGUCCUCUCUCCUCUUUUCCUGUCGCCCACCUGGUGGCCAGGUCAGCCUGGAGGGCAGGCCGGCGGGUCCUCAGCGUGCUAGUUGCCACCCUCCAGGUCUGCCCCCUGGCAGGAGCCAGCUUCGGAGCCCUUCUCACCGCUGGCCCGAGAGUCAGUCCCCCAGUCGGCGCCGAAGCCGCAUGACUCGCCGUCUCGGCCCCGCGCCCUUCUGCCUGGUCUCCCCUCAGGCACCUGUGAUUCCAGCCCGUGUUUCCCAUUGCUCCUCCUUCCUGACUCGCCUGGGCGUCCCUUCUCUCAGUUCCUCUGGUGCCGCUGGCUCUGGUCGCGUCCUGGGCCCCUGUCUGCCCUCCUCGGGUCCUGCCUCCGUUCCUUCUGGUGACCUUGGGCCAUGCCCCUUCCCCUCUUCUGUCCCCUUUCCCCACCUGUGAAGUGGCAGAGGAGCUGGGGGUCGGAGAGAACGGGAUUCGGCGGGCAAGAGACCAGACUCCCGAAUCCUCCGGGUCAGGGAGGGAAACCAAGGGGCCUUAGGGGAGAAGUGUCUUGCAGCCGGGCCGCCGCCUCCCUGCAGACAGACCCGUUGGGAUAGGGGUCUCUUGUGGCGUCCCUACGUGCCUACAGAGCUCGGAGGGCUCAGACAAGGUGUGGGAUGGAACAGGGGGUCCUCCCAGCCAGCUGACUUGAGGCUGUCACAGGGAGGGAUGAUCCGGAAGAUAUAAAGUCGGGGGUGUCAGGCAAUCGGAGCUGCCAGGGCCGCGCAGGGGGGCAGCGCUGGCAAUGGCUCCAGCUCCAGACCCCCCUGCAGGGCGGACACCGGACGUGAGCUUGCUAAAUAAAGAUCCAUUCCUGGCCGGCCUUCCCACCUGUGCCCAUAGAGAGAGGGCCCCACCUGGUGGGCACCGAGACCCCGGUCCUCAGCUCAGCUCGGCCGAAACAACAGAGGCAGCAUCCUUAGCCCCACAGAGCCUCCACGUCCUCAUCUGUAAAAUGGGGGUAUGGCCUCGCCCGCCCAUUCCCGGGGUCCUGGUGAGGGUGGACUGAGGUCCCGUAUGAGGGGGUCUCUGUCCUGGGGUGACAGUGACACCAGCCUGUGUCGGUAUUUUAAGGAGCAGGUUCUAACGAGCAGGGCACCAACCCCAGGCAGCUGGGAGCAUUGCAUACGCUGUUGCCGUCAUGAGGCCCUGGCGCUUAGACCCGAAACUCAACCUUUGGAGCUAGACAAGGGCUGGUCCACAGGGCGCUUCCGCUGCCCAGGCCGGCGGGGUGCAGGUCCAAGGGGGGUGGGGUGAGCCCGGGGCGCGGGGGUCAGAAGGUGCUGGGCACCCCGAUGUCUCUCUCCCUGUGUGCCUCCUGCAGGACACUGUUGUUCAGAGGAGGCCCCGAGGGGGGUGGGCGGCAGUCCCAGAGGUCGCCUGCUGGCCAGGGUGCUCAGGAGAGCACGGGGCGGGGGCCCAGCACGCCCAACUCAAGGCGUCCCUGCCUCCUCACUAUGGCCUCGGGCACGUCCCUCCAUGCCCUCACUUUCCCAGCAGCCCACAGUAUCCUGGGGUCCAGGAGGGCCUGGGCUCAAGGUGAGUGGCAGGCAAGGCUUGAGGCGGGGGCUCAGACCCAAGCUUGAGGCCUGGAAGGGAGGAGAGGACUUCUCUGCUUGGCACCCACGGGGGACUCCCCAAAUGCCCUUCUGCGGACACUCUGCUUCCUGGGAGUCCUUCUUAUAAAAACAGGGUGUCCUGGGAGCAGCCCCAGGGGUUCUGAGUCCCUUGGCCUGGGCUGGGCCCGAUAAAGCUGCGAUUCUUUUUAAAGAUAUUCCAGGUGAUUCUGAUGUUCAGAGACCUGGGAACCCCUGGCCCACUAGCAACUCUCCUGUGGGAAGCAGGUGUCCCCUGCAGUAGGCGAGGGCUGGCCCUGGCAAGGCCACACGUGCAGCUGUAAGGCCUGUUUGGUCCCUGUAAUCCUGUCAUCCAGUUGUCAAAAGCUCACCGAGGACCCCGGAGCCACUACCUAGGGAUCCGGAGGCUGUGAGGUGACCGGACACAAAACAAGGUGCAAAACCAGGGGCUUCCAGAAGAGUCGGGAAAAUACUGGAGAAAGGGAACCCCGUCUCUCUCCCCGGCUCAUAAAUAUGUGCAGGACAAAUAUGAAGAAAAAGCUGUAUGGGAAAAAUAUGGGAAUAGUGUAAGCUGUUCACGUAUCAAUGCAUAGAUUUAGGCAGAGUCAAACUCUUUUUUAAAGACUCUAAAGUUCUUUUGAAGCAAACCAUGAACAAAGCCAGCUGUGGAGGCCAGCCUCCAAGAAGGCCUCCAGUAAGCCCACCUCCUGGAAGCACGUCUGCUGGAGUCCCUCCCACAUUGUACCUCAGAAUACGGCAGAAGCCACAGACAGCACCUCCAAGUAGGUUAUGAAAGACUCCCAUCUUUGUUGCUGUCUUAUCUCUGGGGGAAGCUGGCCGCCAUGUUCGGAGCAGCCCUGUGGGGAGGUCCGUGUGGGCCCCCACCCAAGGCCAGCCUUCAGACAACUGUAGUCUGGCCAGCCCCUUGGAGCCAGCUAAGGACAGAUCCUGAGGCAGAACCACCCACUAAAGUGGUCCCAGAACCAUGAAACUGUGUGAGAUAAUAAAUGUUCGUUGUUUUAAGACACUAGACUUUGGGGUCAUUUGUUAUGCAGCAAUAGCUAACUAAUACAACAGACUAGACGAUUUUAAAUAGAAGAGUAACGAAGGGGCUUACAUUUCAAAUAUGACGACAUCAUAAUGAUAAAGAAAUAGUCCAUCAAACAAGGUGGUUCUGACCCCCAGAAUAUGGUGACUCAGAUCAACAGACCAGAAGAGAGAAAGCUGAGAUAUUUCACACAGAAAACUUUGCCCUUGAGAUAAAGGCACUGCAGCAAAUCCGUGGGGGAAAGAAGGAAUUAUUAAUAACCGUACAGAGAACGUUGGUAACUAUUUUGGGAAAAAAAUGUAUGACCGAGGGGGUGGACGGGUCUGGUUGAGCAGGACCUCACGGCGUGAAGGCACCGGGCCAAGCGUAGGGGACAGUUUUACCUCCUGCUGGAGAAAGUGCCUCCGUCACCCAAGAUGGCGACCCUCUUGUCCACACAUCGAGCUGUAACCCUUGGUGAUCUCACUCCCCAAAUCUGUUCUGGGGGAGCAAUCACAGAGGUGACACCGUACUAGCUAUCAUAGUCCAAAACGGCACACAACUCACACAUCCAUUAAUAGGAGCGACUGACUGGGUGUCAC